AUGCGCCAGGUCCGCGAGGCAUUUGGCUCCCCCACCGGUUCGCCCCUCGUCGUCCCACCUGGUCCUUUGGCUGCGGCUGCUUUCGAAUCCGGAAUGAGCGCCAUCGAGGAGCUCAAGCUUCUCAAGGCACAGGUUCAGGACGUCGCCCGCGUUUGCAAUGCCGUCGCCCAGGGUGAUUUGUCGCAGAAGAUCGAGGUUCACGUCCAAGGCGUCGUCAUGGUUCAACUCAAGGAAGUCAUCAACUCUAUGGUCGACCGUUUGGGUCAAUUUGCAGAGGAGGUCACUCGGGUCAGUUUGGAAGUCGGUACUGAAGGCAAAUUGGGCGGUCAAGCGGUCGUUGUUGGUGUCGAAGGCACAUGGAAAGAGCUCACCGGCGUUGUCAAUAAAUUGGCCGCGAACUUGACCAAUCAGGUCCGGAGCAUCGCGCAGGUCACCAAAGCUGUCGCACACGGAGACUUGUCCAAAUUCAUCGAGGUCGAUGCGGAAGGCGAGAUCCUGGACUUGAAGAACACGGUCAAUGGAAUGGUUAUACGAUUACGGACACUAGCGGCGGAGGUUACGAGGGUCACCCUGGAGGUUGGUUCUCAAGGUAAUUUGGGUGGUCAGGCACACGUCCCAGAUGUCGAAGGGGUAUGGCUAGAGUUGACUCGGAACGUCAAUCGGAUGUGUGCAAGUUUGACGGAUCAAGUGCGAACCAUUGCUCACGUCACUACCGCUGUGGCGAAGGGCGACUUGACGCAGAAGAUCGAGAUCCAAGUCGAAGGCGAAAUGUUAACCUUGAAGGAAACAGUUAACUCCAUGGUGGACCAACUCAGUGCAUUCGCUUCCGAAGUCACACGUGUCGCGUUGGAAGUCGGUACACAAGGUAUCCUCGGCGGCCAGGCGCGCGUAGAGGGUGUGCAGGGUACAUGGGCUGACUUGACUCGGAACGUCAAUAAAAUGGCGAGCAAUUUGACGGAUCAAGUGCGAUCGAUCUCGGAGGUCACGAAGGCUGUCGCUCAGGGAGACUUGACGAAGCUCGUCCGGGUUGAUGUUCAGGGCGAGAUGCUGGAGUUGAAGGUUACUGUAAAUUCCAUGGUGCACCAGCUGUCGACUCUGGCUAGCGAAGUCACGCGUGUGUCCUUGGAAGUCGGUACAGAGGGUAUCUUGGGUGGUCAGGCUGUUGUACCUGAUGUCCAGGGCAUGUGGAAGGUGUUGGCGGACAAUGUGAACCUUAUGGCCAUGAACUUGACGACCCAAGUGCGCUCGAUUGCCGAAGUGACGAAGGCGGUGGCAAGCGGAGACUUGACGAAGAAGAUUCAGGUCGACGUGCGCGGCGAGAUCCUCGAGUUGAAGGAGACCGUGAACGGCAUGACGGAGAGUUUGAGCGUCUUCGCCGAUGAGGUCACAAGAGUAGCUCGAGAGGUCGGAACUGAGGGUAAAUUGGGUGGUCAAGCCAGAGUCGCCAAUGUCGGCGGUACUUGGAAGGACUUGACCGACAAUGUCAACGUCAUGGCUGCUAACUUGACCCUACAAGUGCGAACCAUCGCUGUUGCAACGACCGCUGUCGCUCGCGGUGACUUGACGCGGAAGAUCGAGGGUGUGUCAGUCUCCGGCGAGAUGUUACAGCUCGUGAACACCAUCAACGACAUGAUUGACCAAUUGGCUAUCUUCGCCAAGGAAGUCAAGAAGGUCGCGCGGGAAGUUGGAACCGAAGGGAAGUUAGGUGUCCAGGCUGAAGUCGGGAACGUGCAAGGUAUAUGGCAGGAAAUCACGAUGGCAGUCAAUACCAUGGCUGGCAACUUGACAACCCAAGUGCGAGGUUUCGCGCAGAUAUCCGCAGCGGCUAUGGACGGCGACUUCACUCGAUUCAUUACUGUCGAAGCCAGCGGUGAAAUGGACUCGUUGAAAACCCAGAUCAAUCAGAUGGUGUUUAAUUUGCGAGACAGUAUCCAGAAGAACACUGCUGCAAGGGAAGCCGCUGAAUUGGCGAAUCGCAGUAAAUCGGAGUUCUUGGCGAAUAUGUCGCACGAGAUCAGAACGCCCAUGAACGGCAUCAUUGGUAUGACGGAGUUGACCCUUGAUAGCGACCUGAAUCGGUCCCAGCGGGAGAGCUUGCUACUAGUCCACAGUCUGGCUCGGUCCCUACUACUGAUCAUCGAUGACAUCCUGGAUAUUUCGAAGAUUGAGGCUGGUCGAAUGACCAUGGAAGCCGUGUCCUACUCCUUGCGGCAGACUGUGUUCGGUAUCUUGAAGACUCUGGUUGUCCGCGCUUCCCAGAACAACUUGGAUCUGACGUACGAUGUGGACCCUGACAUACCGGAUCAACUCAUUGGUGACUCCCUCCGUCUACGGCAAGUUAUCACGAACUUGGUCGGUAACGCGAUCAAGUUUACGCCGUCGAAGGUCACCAAGAAGGGACACGUUGGUUUGAGCUGUAGGCUUCUGGCCUUGGAUGAUCAGAGUGUUACUCUCGAGUUCUGCGUCACCGACACGGGAAUAGGCAUAGCCAAGGAUAAGCUCAACCUCAUCUUUGAUACCUUCUGUCAAGCCGACGGGUCGACGACUAGGGAAUAUGGUGGUACCGGCUUGGGUCUAUCAAUUUCUAAACGUCUCGUCAACCUAAUGCAGGGUAAUAUGUGGGUUGAAAGCGAGGUCGGCAAAGGCAGCAAGUUCUUCUUCACUAUUACUUCCCAAAUCAGCCACGUGUCGAUGGAGACGAUACUUCAAAGAAUGGCGCCGUUCUCCAAGCGCACCAUCUUGUUCGUCGACACCCUUCACGAUCGUACCGGAGUCAUCGAUCGCAUCCAAGAAGUGGGCCUACGUCCCUUCGUCGUCCACGACGCCUCGCAAGUUUCCGACAAGGACCGUUGUCCACAUAUUGACACCAUCGUCGUGGACUCUUUGAACGUCACGGAAGUAAUCCGUGAAUACGAGCAUCUGCGAUACAUCCCGAUUGUUCUGAUCUUGCCAUCAAUGCCCCGACUGAACCUCAAAUGGUGUCUCGAUAACAGCAUCAGUUCGCAUGCUACCACGCCCGUCUCUGCCCAAGAUCUGGCUUCGGCGUUAAUCUCAGCACUAGAGUCUUCGACUGUCAGUCCCGUUGCCGCACCUAAUGACAUCGUCUUCGACAUCCUGUUGGCCGAGGAUAACUUGGUCAACCAGAAGCUGGCGGUGAAGAUACUGGAGAAGUACGGGCAUACCGUCGAAAUUGCUGAGAAUGGGUCAUUGGCAGUGGACGCAUUCAAAGAGCGCGUGCAGCAGAACAGACCGUUCGACAUCAUCUUGAUGGACGUAUCCAUGCCCUUCAUGGGUGGUAUGGAAGCCACCGAAUUAAUCCGAGCGUAUGAAAUGCACAAUGGAUUACCUCGGACACCGAUUAUUGCACUCACCGCGCAUGCAAUGAUUGGUGAUCGAGAGCGAUGUUUGCAGGCUGGCAUGGACGACCAUAUCACCAAACCACUACGACGCGGCGAUCUGCUGAAUGCCAUUAACAAACUCGCGGGAGAGAGAGCGGCGCUCAGACACCGCAUGAUGCACAGGCCGUCCAUUACACCCUGA